AUGGGCAGCGCCAGCCCAGGCCUAAGCGACGUGUCCCCGGGCUGCUUGCUGCUGCCCCCAGAUGUGGCACUGAGGACGGGUGUGGAGAAGACAGCAGCAGGGGUGGUGGGUCCUGAGAAGCGGGAAUGGAGCCCCAGCCCACCGGCCACUCCUGAGCAGGGCCUGUCUGCCUUCUACCUCUCCUACUUUAAUAUGCUGUACCCUGAGGAUGGCAACUGGGGAGCCAAGGUCCCUGUGGCCAGCGUGCGGGAGGAGCCACCAGAGGAGCCUGAGCAAUGCCCGGUCAUUGACAGCCAGGCCCCUGGGAGCAGCCUGGAUGAGCACUCCCUGGAGCAGGUGCAGUCCAUGGUGGUGGGCGAGGUCCUGAAAGACAUCGAGACGGCUUGCAAGCUGCUCAAUAUCACAGCAGACCCUGGGGACUGGAGCCCCAGCAAUGUUCAGAAGUGGCUGCUGUGGACAGAGCAUCAGUACCGGCUGCCCCCGGCAGGAAAGGCCUUCCAGGAGCUUGGAGGCAAGGAGCUGUGUGCCAUGUCAGAGGAGCAGUUCCGCCAGCGCUCACCCCUGGGUGGGGACGUGCUGCAUGCCCACCUGGACAUCUGGAAGUCAGCGGCCUGGAUGAAGGAGAGAACUUCGCCCGGAGCCAUCCACUACUGCGCCUCCAGCAGCGAGGAGGGCUGGACCGACAGCGAGGUGGACUCGUCGUGCUCGGGGCAGCCCAUCCACCUGUGGCAGUUCCUCAAGGAGCUGCUGCUCAAGCCCCACAGCUACGGCCGCUUCAUCCGCUGGCUCAACAAGGAGAAAGGCAUCUUCAAAAUUGAGGACUCUGCACAGGUAGCCCGGCUGUGGGGCGUGCGCAAGAACCGGCCAGCCAUGAAUUAUGACAAGCUGAGUCGCUCCAUCCGUCAGUAUUACAAGAAGGGGAUCAUCCGCAAGCCUGACAUCUCCCAGCGCCUCGUCUACCAGUUUGUGCACCCUGUCUGAGGGCUGCAGAGGGCCAGAGGCCUGCACCCUGCCCCAGACAGCCCUUAUCUGGGGGCUGGAUGCUGGCAUCCCAGAGUCCAGGAUCAGGGAGAGGCAGUCACUGCUCCAGGGAUGCAAGUGAGCUCUCUGGGUCUCAGGGCAGGGAUGCUGUCUCUUCAGGCCUUACUAAUCAAGCACACAAUUUCCUGGAGGACCAAGGGAGCCAGGACUGUGCACAAGUAGAGGACUACCCCAUCCAGGCUUGGAUAUGGAAUUCCUAGAGCAGUGCUUAUGACAUGACAUGAUCCAACCAAGGUCACUCACAGGGCAGUGCUGCACUGCUCCAAACCCCUGUCACCCAUCUUGCACCAUACCAGGCAUGGUGCUAAGAAAUGUGUGCA